GUGGAAAUAACGCUGCAGGAUGUCAAUGACAACCCACCUGUUUUUCCGACCGAUAUUCUUGAUGUGACCAUCGAGGAGAACAUUGGUGAUGGAUUCAAGAUAAUGCAGCUAACAGCAACGGAUGCUGACGAGGGACCCAAUGCCCUGGUCACCUACACCAUCAUCAGUGGAGCGGACGACAGCUUCCGUAUCGAUCCUGAAUCCGGCGAUCUGAUUGCCACAAAGAAGCUCGACCGAGAGCGCCGCUCCAAGUACUCGCUUCUGGUGCGUGCUGACGAUGGGAAGCAGUCCUCUGACAUGAGGGUGAACAUCACGGUCAGCGACGUCAACGACCACACCCCUAAGUUCUCCAGAGCCACAUACUCUUUUGACAUCCCUGAAGACACUGCGCCAGGAUCCAUUGUGGCGGCCAUUUUGGCUAGCGAUUCCGACUCUGGGGUGAACGGGGAAAUCACCUACUGUCUGGAGGAAGACGACGAAGACAACACCUUCCUGCUCAACCCAGUGACGGGCGUGUUCAACGUGACGCGGCCUCUGGACUAUGAAUCUCAGCAGUACUACAUCCUCACCGCAAAAGCAGUGGAUGGGGGUGGACAGGCCAGCACUGUCCGGGUCUACUUUAAUGUCCUGGACGUUAAUGACAACCCUCCCAUCUUUAACACCACCGUCUACAGUACCUCAGUGACUGAGAGCCUGCCGCCAGGAUCCAAUGUGCUAACAGUAGGGGCCAGCGAUGCUGAUGAUGGCCUCAAUGCCCAGAUGUUCUACACUAUUGCAUCAGGUGAUUCCCAGGCUCAAUUCUACAUCUCCAAGAACGGCGCCCUGCAGACCAAGAAGGCGCUGGACAGGGAGGCCCAGUCAUUCUACAACCUGGUGAUCACCGUGAACGACAUGGCGGAGCCUCCGAUGGCCCGCUUCACGAGUACCGCCCAGGUGUCCAUCAUCCUGCUGGACGUCAACGACUGCCCACCAAGCUUCACGUCGCAGAAGAUGACCUACAUGCAGGAGAACACGCCCAUGGACACGGUGGUGUUCACCGCCCACGCCACUGAUGCGGACAGUGGGCCCAACAGCUACGUGGAGUACUCCCUGCGCGGGCCCUUUGGGAAUAAGUUCAGUAUUGGGACCAUCGACGGAGAUGUAAAGCUGGUCGGGGAGCUUGACCGUGAGGAGCUGGCCAACUACACCCUGACGGUGGUGGCCACGGACAAAGGCGAGCCGCCACUAACGUCCACCAUGGAUGUGACCAUGAUUGUGCUGGACGUCAACGACAACACGCCCAGCUUCUCGCAGAACAUCUAUGACAUCGAGAUUGAGGAGAACACGCUGACGGGAACUGACGUGCUCCAGGUGUUCGCCAGUGAUGCCGACGAGGGCACCAAUGGGCAGAUCCGCUUUUCCAUCGUCGGCGGCAACACCAACACGGACUUCCGCAUCGACUCGGUCACCGGGAUCAUCUCGGUGGCCAAGCAGCUGGACCGGGAGGUGAGGUCAUCCUACUCGCUGGUUGUCCAGGCAGCGGACCGCGGAAGCAGCCCGAGGGUGGACCGCACCACCGUCAACAUCGUCCUGACAGAUGUCAACGACUGUCUGCCGACGUUUGAGCUGUCACCAUACACAGUAAACGUCCAGGAGAACCUGUCGAAACUGCCCAAAAACAUCCUACAGGUUGUGGCCAGGGAUGAUGACCAGGGUUCAAACGGUCAGAUCAGCUACACGCUCAGCGGUGGAAACGAAGAGGGAGCGUUCAGUCUCUCAUCCAGUGGCCAGCUCAGCGUCAUUCACACGCUGGACAGGGAGGCUCGGGAGAAAUACACCUUGAUAGUCACGGCCAUCGACUCAGGAUCUCCAGCCUUGAGUGGCACGGGCACCGUCACAGUGCUAGUGGACGAUGUCAACGACAACGUUCCGGCCUUCACAUCCGCCACCUUCUUCACCACCAUCCCUGAGGACGCCCCUACGGGCUCGGACGUGCUGCUGGUCAACAGCUCCGAUGCAGACGUGGGCCUCAACGGAGUGAUCAGUUACAGUCUGACUGGUGGCAGCGGCCAGUUCUCCAUCAACCCGGCCACCGGCCAGAUCAUCACCAGCUCCCUGCUGGACCGGGAGGCGAGGGCCAGCUACCAGCUGCUGGUGGUGGCCUCAGAUGGCGGCCAGCCCAUGGGCCUGUCCAGCUCUGCCACCGUCUCUGUGGUGGUGGCGGACAUCAAUGACAACCCCCCGCGCUUCCAUCACCACCCCUACGUCACGCACAUCCCAGCAUCCACCUCAGCAGGCUCCCUGGUGUUUGCUGUUACUGUCACAGAUGAAGAUGCAGGAUCGAAUGCCCAGCUCCACUACUCCCUCUCCGGCCGCAACUCUGAGAAGUUCAAGAUCGACCCCCUGAGGGGCGCCAUCACGGCUAACGAGAAGCUGAUAGGCAGCUCCGAGGUCACCUUCACCGUCAGAGUGAAAGACGGCGGCAGGGACCCCAAGACUGACACCACCACUGUGACCGUCCGCUUCGUCACCGGAGGCGACUUCCCCGUCAUCCGGCUGAAAGAGAAGAGCUUCACGUUCCCCGAGAGCCAGCCGGUCAACACUGUUGUCACCACCGUCUCCGGGGCAUCCACCAGGGGUGGGCCCUUGUCCUAUUACAUCGCCAGCGGCAACCUGGACAGCGCCUUCCAUGUCGAUCAGUUGUCAGGGGAGCUGUCAAUCAAAAACUCACUGGACUAUGAGAACAUACAGACGUAUGUGCUGUGGAUUGAAGCCAGAGACCAGGGCUUUCCUCCCUACUCGGCUUAUGAGAGAGUGGAAGUAAAUGUGCUGGAUGUCAAUGACAAUCACCCCGUUUUUGAGAGAGAGCCUUUCCAUGCAGAGAUACUGGAGAACCUCUCUCCACAGCACGUGCUCACUGUGUCCGCUGUGGAUUUGGAUAAUGGGCCCAACGGUCAUCAGGAGUACGCCAUCAUCGACGGCAACAAGGAUAACAGCUUCAGCAUCAACCGGGUGACGGGGGCCAUUCGCACCACCAAACCCCUGGACAGAGAGAAGGCGGCUCAAUACGCUCUGAGGGUCAAAGCCACUGACCGGGGCAGUCCUCCAAAAAGCACAGCUGUUAAAGUCCUGAUUAAUGUUCUGGAUGUGAAUGACAAUGCACCACGGUUCUCCAAGAUCUUCAGCGCCUCAGUGCCAGAGAACGCGCCUGUAGGGUACACCGUCACCCGUGUGACGACCACUGAUGAGGAUGCUGGCGCCAACGCCAUCAGCAAGUACUCCAUCACCGACACAAGCCUCCCAUUUGCCAUCAAUCCAAGCACAGGGGACAUAACCAUCAGCAGACCCCUGAACAGGGAAGACACAGACCACUACAUUGCCAAAGUCUCUGCCCACGACUCUGGCUGGACUGUGAGCACAGACGUGACGAUAUUCGUCACCGAUAUAAAUGACAACGCACCACGCUUCAGCCGGCCCUCCUACUACCUGGAUUACCCUGAGAUGACCGAGGUGGGCUCUGUGGUAACGCAGGUGUCAGCCACAGACCCUGAUGAGGGUUUCAACGGGAAGAUCUUCUACUUCAUCAGGUCUCAGUCGGAGUACUUCCGGAUCAACUCCAGCUCUGGGGAAAUCUCUAUCAAGCAGCAGCUCAUGUAUCAGAACUCCACUGGGCACGGCAAUCUCAACAUCAAUCGCCACAGCUUCAUCGUCACAGCCUCAGACAGAGGGGUCCCUCCUAUGAUGAGUGAAACCACAGUAAUAGUAAAUAUAGUUGAUAGCAAUGACAACCCCCCUGUAUUUGAAUCCUCCUCUUACUUCACCCCUGUAACCAAGAGCGUCAAGGUUGGCACUAAACUCAUUAAAAUCACUGCCUUUGAUAAGAAAGACUUUGGUCUGAAUUCAGAAAUCGAGUAUGCCAUAUCUGGUGGAAACAGCUCCAGCAAGUUCAAGUUGGACAAGCAGACUGGUUGGGUUAGUGUGGCCUCCUCUUUGACCGCAGACACAAAUAAGGUUUACCUCAUCGAGGCCACUGCCAGAGACAAAGGGAACCCACCUCUCUUGGCCCACACCACAAUCCGAGUGGCCGUGACUGAGGAGAACCACCACACCCCGGAGUUCUCCCAGAGCCAAGUCUCAGCCACGGUUCCAGAGAGCCUGAAUGUCGGCACGGCUAUCCGCACGCUGUCUGCCCGGGACAAAGAUAAGGACAAGCAGAUGAACGGCCUCAUCACAUACAGCAUCACCACGGGCAAUGAAGAUGGCCUGUUUGUCAUCAACAGCAAAACAGGGGUGUUGUCCUUAGCGCAACCACUAGACUAUGAAACCAAGCAGAAGCAUGAGCUAAGGGUGACCGCAACCGAUGGGGGCUGGAUCGCUAAAACCAGUUAUGUCUCGUUGACUGUACAUGUGUCUGACGUUAACGACAACCCACCUGUCUUCAAUCCAGAUGAGUAUUUCCCAAUCAUACAAGAGAAUGUCCCCAGUGGCACCACUGUGGUCAAAAUGAACGCCACGGACAAAGACUCCGGGCCAAAUGCCUUGAUAGCUUACGUAAUCCAGUCAUCUGACAGUGACCUUUUCAUAAUUGAUCCAAAUACUGGAGUCAUUACAACCCAGGGCUUUCUAGACUAUGAGGCCAAGCAAGUGUAUCACCUUACCGUUAAGGCUUUUAACGUGCCUGAUGAAGAAAGAUGCAGCUUUGCCAAUGUUAACAUUCAGCUGAAGGGCGCCAACGAAUAUGUACCCCGUUUUGUCUCCAAGCAGUACUACUUUGAGGUCUCUGAGGCUGCACCAAAAGGCACAGUGAUUGGCGAGGUGUUUGCAAGCGAUCGUGACCUUGGAGAGGAUGGCAUCGUCUAUUAUUUGAUUUUUGGAAAGAGCAGAAGGAAAGGAUUUAGCAUCAACAGAAAGACGGGGCAGAUUUACGUCACGGGGGCCCUGGACCGUGAAAAGGAGGAAAAGAUCUCACUACGAGUUUUGGCGAAAAACGCUGGCAGCAUCAGAGGUGCAGACAUUGAUGAAGUGUUUGUCAACAUCACCAUCCUAGACGCGAAUGAUCCUCCAGUCUUCACCCAGGUGCUGUAUGACGUCCAGGUGAGCGAGGGUCUCGCCCCUGGAGGCCUUGUCACGUUUGUCAGUGCAGAAGACUCGGACUCGGUGCCAAGCUGGAGCAGGUUCUCCUACUCCAUUGCUCCUGAUCAGGGCAAAAAGGCCUUCAGCAUCAACCCCCAGACGGGUCAAGUGUCUGUGGAUGCUGAGCUCGACCGGGAAACCACUCCUGUGUACAACCUCACCCUCCUGGCCGUGGAUACAGGGUCCCCAUCAGCCACGGGGAGUGCGACCUUGAUCGUGACCUUGGAGGACAUCAACGACAACGGGCCCACACUGGUGACGGUCAGCGGCGAGGUGAUGGAGAACCAGCGGGCUGGCACGCGGGUCAUGACCCUGGAAGCCACCGAUCCGGACCUAGCACCCAAUCAAGGCCCGUUCUCGUACAACCUGCUCAACAUAGGCUCCGCCAACAACUACUUCUCCCUCAGCUCAAAGGGUGAACUCACCACAAGCCGCGAGAUUGACCGGGAGCAAAUCAGCGACUUCUAUCUGUCUGUGGUCAUAAAGGACUCCGGCAUCCCGCAGAUGUCCUCGACCGGCACUGUCCACGUCCAAGUCAACGACCAGAAUGACAAUCCCUCCGAGCCUCGUUCCGUGGAGAUCUACGUCCACUAUUUCGGGAACAUGUUUCCAGGAGGCUCUCUGGGCGUCGUCAAGCCCCAAGAUCCAGAUGUGCAGGACACCUUCCAGUGUUCCCUCAUUCCCCCAGCGGCCAGUUUGUUCAGCAUACCUACACGCACCUGUGACCUCAAUUCCAACGCGCGCUCGACGGACGGCACUUUCGAUCUGACGGUGCGCAGCAGUGAUGGCGUUCACGGCGCCGUGAAUAGCAACGCGCGCAUCUUCUUCAUGGGAUUCAGCAACGCCACAGUCGAUAACAGUAUUCUCAUUAGGCUCAAAAGUCACGCGGUCAAAGACUUCCUGACAAACCACUACCUGAGCUUUGUUCGUAUCGCAAACUCCCAGUUGGCAGGACUAGGCACUGGUGUCCAGCUCUAUGGUGCCUUUGAGCUCAACAAUCAGACCUUCCUUAUGGCUGCGGUGAAGAGGAGCCACGGUCAGUACGUCAACCCCAGUGGCGUGGCCACGUUCUUCCAGAGCAUCCGAGACGUGCUUCAGCGACAGAGCGGCCUGCACAUCGACUCAGUGGACCACGACCCGUGCACGCACAACCCGUGCCAGAACGGAGGCAGCUGCAAGCGUCGCCUCAGCGUAGGGCCCGACAUGAAGACCGAGGAGAGCGUCCCGGUCAUCCUGGUGUCCAACCAGCCUCUCCAGCCCUACGCCUGCAACUGCCGACCAGGGUACGCAGGUGCUCUGUGCGAGACGGACAUUGACGAGUGCCAGCCGUCUCCCUGCCACAACGGAGGGACCUGCCACAACCUGGUGGGUGGCUUCUCCUGCUCCUGUCCGGAGGGUUUUACCGGCAUGGCCUGCGAGAGAGACGUGAACGAGUGUCUUUCCAACCCCUGCAAGAACGGAGCGCUCUGCCAGAACUACCCCGGUGGUUUCAACUGCCUCUGCAAAUCCGGAUUUUCAGGCAAAACCUGUGAUUCCAUCAUCAAUUACUGUGAGUGUAACCCAUGUUUUAAUGGUGGCUCCUGCCAGAACCGAGUGGAUGGCUAUUACUGCCAUUGUCCAUUUGGCGUGUUUGGAAAGCACUGUGAACUGAACAGCUAUGGCUUCGAGGAGCUGUCUUAUAUGGAGUUUCCAAGUCUGGACCCCAACAACAAUUACAUAUACAUUAAGUUCGCCACUCUCAUGAGCAACGCCCUGCUGAUGUACAACCACGACAACCAGACCGGAGACAAGGCCGAGUUCCUCGCCCUGGAGAUUGUGGACGGUCAGAUGCGCUUCUCUUUUAACCUCGGUAGCGGGACUUAUAAACUGAUGACCACGAUCAAGGUUUCCGACGGACAGUUCCAUACAGUCAUUGCCAGAAGGACAGGGAUGGCUGCGUCCCUUACUGUGGACAUGUGUGGAGAGGACCAGGACCCAGGCUACUGUGCGGUCAGCAACGUGGCAGUGCACACCGACUGGAUCCUGGACGUGCAGCCCAACAGGCUCUCGGUGGGGGGCGUCAGGUCAAUAGAGCCCGUCCUUCAUCGCAGGGGCCAGGUCGCCACCCACGACUUCGUGGGCUGCAUCAUGGAGUUUGCCGUCAACGGCCGUCCGCUGGAACCCUCGCAGGCGCUGGCAUCCCACGGCAUCCUUGACAGAUGUCCCAGACUAGAGGGCGCCUGCACGGCCAGUCCCUGCCGGCAUGGGGGCACCUGUGUGGACCACUGGUCCUGGCAGCAGUGCCAGUGUAUGGAGGGCUUCACCGGGAGCUUCUGCGAGAAGUACAUCACCGCAGACACUGCCCUGUCUCUGGACGGCACCGGGCGCCUGGACUACUCCAUGAGCCAGAGUCGGAAGCGGGACAUCUUGCUGCGGAGGGCCCUGCAGGCCUCGGGGGCCACGUCUGGGUCGGCGUCUGGACCUGGGUCCGGUGGAGAGACGCCCAGGGAUAGCAGCGUGGAGGUGAAGUUCCGCACGCGCAACAAGAGCGGCACGCUCCUCCACGUCCAGGAGAGCAGCAACUACACCACGGUGAAGCUGAAGAACGGGAAUCUGCAGUACGUCUCGGACGCGGGCGUAGCGGGAAAGGUGGAGCGGACUCUGGCCGACGUGCCGUUAUCAGACGGACAGUGGCACACCCUCGUCCUCCAGAAGAACGGAACCUCCACCUCGCUCCGCCUCGACGGGGCCCACCUCCGAGUCAUCCCACACACCACCCAGGACUUCGGAGGGGUCAACGUCCUGACCAUGUCCGUCGGAGGCGUCCCUCCUGGUCCAGCGCAGCCCAAAUCAAGCCCAGGUUUUGAAGGCUGCUUCGCCUUUGUGAAAUACAACGGUGAGAACCUGCCGUUCAGCGGCGAGCACAGCUCGGUGGCCAUCUCCAAGUCGGAUCCGUCGGUGAAGAUCGGCUGCCGCGGGCCCAACCUGUGCGAGAGCAGCCCGUGCUGGGACGGUCUGAUGUGCGUCAACCAGUGGUACACCUACCAGUGCAUGCCGCCGGGCGACUGCGCCUCCAACCCGUGCCAGAACCGGGGCAGCUGCGAGCCGGGCGGCCCGCGCGGCGGCUUCACCUGCGUCUGCGAGGAGCACUACACGGGCCGGACGUGCGAGACGCUGGUGGCGUGCCUGGGCGUGCAGUGCCCGCAGGGCACCGUCUGCAAGGCGACGGCCACCAACGGCGGGUUCACGUGCGCGGCGGGCGCGGCCGCCUCGGAGAUGACGCUGCCCAUCUGGGCGGUGCCGGCCAUCGUGGGCAGCUGCGCCACGGCGCUGGCUCUGGUGGUGCUCAGUCUGAUCCUCUGCAACCACUGCAAGGGCCGACGCAACAAGAGCAAAGUGCCAAAGGAGGAGAAGAAGCCCAAGGAGAAGAAGAAGAAGAAGAAGAAGGGCAGCGAGAACGUGGCCUUCGACGACCCCGACAACAUCCCGCCGUACGGCGACGACAUGACCGUGCGCAAGCAGCCCGAGGGCAACCCCAAGCCAGACAUCAUCGAGCGCGAGAACCCCUACCUGAUCUACGACGAGACGGACAUACCGCACGGCAACGAGCGGUCCCCGAAAAAAGCCGCGGCGCCUGCCCGGCCCCGAAGCGAGAAAGAGCACUACGACAUCGACAACGCCAGCAGCAUCGCGCCGUCCGACGCCGACAUCAUCCAGCACUACAAGCAGUUCCGCAGCCACACGCCCAAGUUCUCCAUCCAGAGGCACAGCCCGCUGGGUUUCGCCCGGCAGUCGCCCCUGCCCCUGGGGGCCAGCAGCUACACCUACCAGCCGGCGUACGCCCAGGGCCUGCGCUCCACGCCGCUGAGCCACUCGGCCUGCCCCACGCCCAACCCGCUGUCCAGGCACAGCCCAGCGCCCUUCGCCUCCAAGCCGUCCACCUUCUACCGCAACAGCCCCGCGCGGGAGCUCAACCUGGCCCGCCGCGAGGGGAGCCCGCUGGACCUGCACAACGAGGGGAUGUUCAACUACGCCACGAGGCUCGGCCGGCGCAGCAAGAGCCCGCAGACCAUGGCGGGCCAUGGCUCGAGGCCCGGGAGCCGGCUGAAGCAGCCCAUCGAGCAGAUCCCCCUGGAGACGGGCCCGCCGGUGGGGCUGUCCAUCGAGGAGGUGGAGCGCCUGAACACGCCGCGCCCGCGCAACCCCAGCAUCUGCAGCGCCGACCACGGCCGCUCCUCGUCGGAGGACGAGUGCCGGCGGCCACUGUCGCGCGUCCGCAACCCGGCCGACGGCAUCCCGGCGCCGGAGUCGUCGUCCGAGAGCGACUCGCACGACUCCUUCACCUGCUCCGAGAUGGAGUACGACCGCGAGAAGCCCGUGGCGUACGGCUCGCGCGUGCCCAAGCUCUCGCAGGUCAACGAGUCGGAUGCCGACGACGAGGAGUACAGCGGCCGGCUCAAGCAGCGGCGCUACUCCAGCCGCAGGGCCGAGGGCGGCCCGGCCGCCGGCGCCCAGGUGCCCCUCACCGAGCACCACCACCACACGCUGCCCCACAAACUGGGCUCGCAGGCGGGCAGCUUCAACUGGGAUAACCUGCUGAACUGGGGCCCCGGCUUCGGCCACUAUGUGGACGUAUUUAAAGACCUCGCCCUGCUCCCCGAGAACGCGGCGGUUAAAGACAUUGAGAUGAACAGUGGGGACGGGUCAGUGACCAUCCUGAAUGAAGGGGAGGCUGAGCAAUACGUAUGAGACUAUUUAUUUGCUCACACUCGCACAUCGUGUUCAUUCAACUCGCAAAAAUGUGACAUGUGACUGUGACGAUUUUGUGAGCAGGAGGAUGUUAGCAAUAAGUACGUGGACUCUCGUUUCUUUGUUUUUGAAAUAGGACGACCUUAAAUGCAGUAAGGCAGAAAAUUCAAUAGACAGCCAGCUCUUUGUUUGCCAGUCAACUUCACACGAUCAUUGAUCUGUCAGAUGAUGUCAACAUCCAUGUGUUCAAACAUGACAUCGUUUGCUCUAAAAAUGAGGCCAAGUCCUAACGAUUGUCUGGACCUGUAAGGGGAUCCAUAUGCACAAAAUCAAAUUUAACUGUCACUUAUUACCAAUAUUACAGUUUGGUUUCAAAAUGUUCCUGUCACGCUCUUAACUUUUUGAGAUAAGAUAGUGAGAGAAGCAAGACGUUGAAUUCGUUGAAUUCCAAGGCCAUAGCAUUACAGAAACCAAGCCUGUGUCCUCCCCAUCUGUUAUUCUUCAUAAGGAGAAGCAUGUGUUUGAUCCACGUGUACCUGUACGUAUCAAAUACACCCCUCAGUGCAAAAAUGAACACAGUGGUUAGCCAACACGCUUAAUCAAGUCCUGCCAAUGUUAUGUGAAAAGGAUUAGUAACUACCCCUACAUUGUUGCUUUUGUGAGGGUUUUUUCUUAUCUGAAUGACAGGCUAAGCAUUCUUAGAGCUGAGAAUAAUUAAGAGUCUGCCUUAUAGACAUUUGAGGAGCUAUUGGAGAGUGGUGAAGUGCUCUCUUUGUUAUUGUGGUGUUGUUGUUGCUACGGGGGACUGGGGGUUGAGUUGCAUCGGCGACGGAAUCCAGCAGGCUGAAAGUGUUCACGGACUGGCCAAAGGGAAGAUUGGAGAAUGGCUUAUGGACGCCAUCCCAACAUCAAACCCACCCCACAAAAAAAAAACUAUGAAGUUGUGUACAUUUUUAUUAUUUUUAUUUGAAGAAAAUUGUGGAAAACAUUGUUCUCGGUGUUGUUGUAUGUUUUGUUUUGUUUGUUUUUGUUUUGGUCCAGUAUUUUUAAAGGUGUACUGUUUCUAUGUUUUUUUACUGUUUAUUAACUUAAAGUACUUAAGCAGUGUUUUUAUGGAUAUUUUCAUAUGCUGGAAAUUAUGUUCUUACUUUCAGGGAAAGUAAGACUGAAGUACUUAUUUUUUACAUUUGUUACUUAUGUAACAUCAGUAUUUUCCAUUUUUGAUAAAACUAUAACAUACUGUAUGCUUUAUACAUGUAAAAGCCAAUAACAGAAUAAAAAAAAUAUUUAUUUAAAAUAUGCAUUAUUCCAUCCUAACACCACUAUGUAAAUCUAUAGAAUGCAUUGAGCCAAAUUUAACCUUAACCUUGGAACCGAGGGUUGUCCUAAAAUAGAGACAGCUUCAGCAUAACCCUUGGGCCUUGAUAGCACUUUGGUAGUGUGGGUGGUAAGGUAUUCAAUACGCACAGAGCCCUGUGCGCAUUCCGACGAGAGUUUAAAGAAAGCCUGAACUGACUGGAACAAAACAUUUUAAAAAGGCCGUCAAGGGCCCAAAUGAAACGGAGCCACCGCGCUCGCAAGCCAAGCACAACACCGGGAGGACACAGCGACGCGGGGCCCUAUAUUGCUUUCAGCAAUUAUUUACAUCUGGCCCCACAGAGCCAGGCAGGGGCCCGACGAUCCCGGAAUGCGACGUGCUUAUCUUCUCCGUCAUCGAGAGCGCAGGGUACGCGGGGGAGUGUGCGAGGGAGAGAGAGAAAAGGAGCGCGGCGAAGAGUGACAGCCUGGGGGCCGUGUGCGAAUUCGUUCCGUGGCCCUUUUACGGAACGCCGCCACGUUCCUGCGGGGACCGAUGUUGAUGAAACCUCCCGGAGGAUUCCGCGCUCAUGCCAGUGUUCAAACAAUGUGGACGGCCAUGCUAUCAACAAACAGAGAACAUACAACACCUCUUGUAAACAUGUAAGACAAUGAAUCCCAAUAAACUUCACAGUGUUCCUUUAAUGUGCAAAUGGCAUGCUGAGCUCUGGACUCUGGAAAGGGCAAGUAAGACAGAGAG